AUGAGGGCCGUCUGCCAGCUGAAGAACAAACUGGGCACGGCCCCUGGCGAGGCGGAGACGGGCAGGGCGUUUAACCGUUAUGAUGAGCGCCUCCUAGAGGACUUUGCGGUGUACUGCGGCCUGGCCCUGCAGACCGUCCAGACCGUCCAACGGAUAGAAUACCAACGAGCCAGCCAGGACGUUACCCAAGAGGUUCUGUCCUACCACCUCACUGCAGCUCAAGAGGAAAUCAGAGCGUUGCAGGAAGCUGAAAUCCCCUCUGCCCAAUCACUGCGCAUCCUGGACUUCAGCUUCUCUGAUUUCGGCCUAUCAGAGGACUCCACGGCUCAGGCCACAGUUAGAAUGUUCCUGGAUCUCAACCUGGUACAGGACUUCAACAUCGACUACAAGUGUCUCUGUCAGUGGGUUCUGAGUGUAAGGCGUGGUUACCGUAGCAACGUGCCCUACCACAACUGGAGUCACGGCCUCAGCACCGCUCAGUGUAUGUUCGCUAUGAUGAUGUCUACCGACCAGCUACAGUCUAAUUUAUCUCGUCUGGAGGUGUUGGCUCUGAUGAUAGCUACUCUGAACCACGACCUGGAUCACAGAGGAGUCAGUAACUCCUACAUAGAGAGGACUCAGCAGCCUCUAGCCCAGCUGUAUGGAACCUCCUCUCUGGAGCAUCAUCACUAUGACAUGUGCCUCUUCAUCCUCAACAACCCGGGAAGUCAGAUCCUCAGUGGUCUGUGUCCUGAUGACUACAGGACAGUGUUACCCAUGAUAGAGAAAGCCAUCCUGGCUACGGACCUGGCUGUCUACAUGGAGAGGAGGGCAGAGUUCUUUGAACUGGGUCAGAGAGGAGUGAGGUGGGAGGAGGACAGGCACAGAGACUUACUAAGGUCGAUGCUGAUGACAGCCAGCGACAUUGCUGCCAUUACAAAGCCUUGGCAUAUUCAGAAGAGGACAGCUAAGUUGGUGGCAUCAGAGUUUUUCGCUCAAGGAGACCGAGAGAAGGAAGAGUUCAACAUCAAACCUGUUGACAUGAUGAACAGAGACAACAGCACUCGUCUUCCUCACAUGCAGGUCAACUACAUCGAUGGGAUGUGCCAUCCCUUAUACCAGACUCUUUCUGGGAUGUUUGACUCCUGUUCUCCACUGUUGGACGGCCUCAUGAGGAACAGAGAGAAUUGGAUGCUGCUCGCCGAGACGGGGGAGGAAGGAGGAGGGAGGAGGAAUAGAGAGAACUGGGCGCUCCUCAUCGAGACGGGGGGAGGAAGGAGGAGGAGAGGAGGAAUAGAGAGAACUGGGCGCUCCUCAUCGAGACGGGGGAGGAAGGAGGAGGAGAGGAGGAAUAGAGAGAACUGGGCGCUCCUCAUCGAGACGGAGGGAGGAAGGAGGAGGAGAGGAGGAAUAGAGAGAUGACUAUACCUGGUUUAUUCUGGAACUCUGUCACUCUCUACUAUACCUGGUUUAACCUGGAACUCUGUCACUCUCCACUAUACCUGGUUUAUUCUGGAACUCUGUCACUCUCCACUAUACCUGGUUUAACCUGGAACUCUGUCACUCUCUACUAUACCUGGUUUACCCUGGAACUCUGUCACUCUCCACUAUACCUGGUUUAACCUGGAACUCUGUCACUCUCUACUAUACCUGGUUUAACCUGGAACUCUGUCACUCUCCACUAUACCUGGUUUAACCUGGAACUCUGUCACUCUCCACUAUACCUGGUUUACCCUGGAACUCUGUCACUCUCUACUAUACCUGGUUUAACCUGGAACUCUGUCACUCUCUACUAUACCUGGUUUAACCUGGAACUCUGUCACUCUCCACUAUACCUGGUUUAACCUGGAACUCUGUCACUCUCUACUAUACCUGGUUUAACCUGGAACUCUGUCACUCUCUACUAUACCUGGUUUAACCUGGAACUCUGUC